UGAAAUGAUGGUAGGCCUAUGUUUCGAUUGAUUCGCUAGACAGUCCAGCUAACAUAGCAGUUCUGCAAGCAUCAGUGCGCCUGUAGACGCGUAUUGUCCAGGACACAUAACACACUAUCGGGGGUAAUCGCUUCGUAAUCUGAAGACAGGCGCUAAAGCUCCUGUUUAAGUUCUUUGACCUGUUCAUAGCCUCAAUUCGACCGAAACGUUGCCGACGAACACCGAUUCACUCGAUGAGGAGGGAUCCCCACGGAGGGUAUUCGGUCCACCCGUGGUCUGGUGGGUCCGGUCCUACGGAGAAUAUGUGGGAUGAAGUUGAUUUGUCUACACCGGCGAAGUAUGGCGCUGUCAUUGCUGUGACAGUGAUCUGCUUUAUUCUAUUGAGAAAAUGGAUAGCUGGUGGUGUGUGUCGAUGUUCAGUCCGACUGGAGGGCAAGACAGUGCUCAUCACUGGUGCCAACACUGGGAUCGGAAAGGAGACGUCCCGUGACAUGGCCCAUCGAGGGGCAAGGGUGGUCAUGGCAUGCCGUGACUUGACGCGGGCUGAGAAGGCGGCAGAAGAAAUCCGCCGUUCCACAGGAAAUGGCAAUGUUGUGGUCCGCCACCUAGACCUGGCCUCGCUGUACUCCGUCAGAGAGUUCACCAGAGAGUUCCUCGCCAGUGAGGAGCGUCUGGACAUACUAAUCAACAAUGCAGGUGUGAUGAUGUGCCCUAAGUGGAUAACAGAGGAUGGCUUUGAGACACAACUGGCUGUCAAUCACUUGGGGCACUUCCUGCUGACCAAUAUCCUUCUGGACAAGCUCAAAGGCUCCGCCCCAAGCCGGGUGGUGAAUGUGUCCAGUAUUGCACACCGAGGGGGAAAGAUCCAGUUUGAUGAUCUGUUCUUCAACAAGAGGCCAUACAACUCUCUGGUCAGCUACAGACAGAGCAAACUCGCCAAUGUGCUCUUCUCCAGAGAGUUGUCCCGUAGGAUGAAAGGGACGGGGGUGACAUCCUACAGUCUGCACCCGGGGGUGAUCAAGACGGAGCUGGGACGUCACGUGGAGAGCUGGUUCCCCAUGCUGAGGGCCAUCCUGUCGGCUCCCUCGAUGCUCCUGAUGAAGACCCCCGCUCAGGGGGCCCAGACCUCCAUCUACUGUGCUGUCACCCCUGGACUGGAGCCCCAGUCUGGCUGCUACUUCAGUGAUUGUGCUGUGAAACAGACUGCCCUUGAAGGAAGAGAUGAUGUAGUGGCCAUGAGACUCUGGGAGGAUAGCGCCCGCCUGGUGGGAUAUACUGAGAAAAACUGAACUUUGACCCAAGCAACUCAGGGUACCGCAAAAACUCUAGCUGACACGCCAGGACUGGAACCUGAAUCUCAAUCCUCUCACCCACUACUUUAAUCCCAGAUUACUGUAAACUAUUGCUGAAUUUACAUAUAAACGAAGACUCUGUGACACUUGCCUCUAUAUUGCUACAGGUGAGACAUUUUUCAAUUUUGUUACAUUGCAGGUUAUGAUUCAGAUAAGGGAUAGUAUAUACAUUUUAUUGUAAAUACGGGAUUAACGCUGCCUUGACAUAGGUAAUUUAUAGAGAUCUUUGUGGGUAUCAGGUUGUUAGAUGCCAUAAAAAACUUUUUGACAUUGUUGGUAGAAUUUCAUAUGAAAAUAAAUGAUUUGUUUACUAAUCGAUCAUUUAAAUUACAUUAUGUU